AUGGUCCGAAACUGCAAUGAAUGCAUAAAUGCGAGACCUAAUCCUCCUAAGUCAGUACUAACUCCGUGGAAAUGGCCACAAAGACAAUGGACGAGAGUGCAUUGCGAUUUCUUAGGUCCGUACAAAAACAAAACAUUCUUAAUUAUUGUCGAUGCACCCACAAAGUGGCUAGAAGUUUUUCAAGUAAAUUCGAUGACAGCACAAACGGUCAUAACAAGACUGUCUGAGUUAAUUGCACGUUUUGGCAUUCCCAGAACAAUAACAACUGACAAUGCAAAAUGUUUUAACGGCGAUGAAUUCCAGUCAUAUUGCAAGACACUAGGUAUCAGGCACUUGACAGGGGCACCUUUCCACCCAGCCUCAAAUGGAUUUGCCGAAUCUGGAGUAAAAAUAGUUAAGCAAUUUUUUAAUAAAUGUUCAACAUCAUUACACCAUUUGAAUAAAUUUUUAUUGAUGUAUAGAAAUACUGUACACUCAACCACAAAUGAAACGCCAGCAAAACUUAUGUUUGGCCGCUCAACACGUACUAUUUUUGAUUUAUUAAUCCCAAACACAAAUGAAGUAGUUAUUAAUAACCAAAUUACACAAAUAAAAAAUUCAGGAAAAAGAGAUAUUAAUAUAAAAGAGGGUGAUUUGGUAUUAGUUAAGGAUUAUCGAAAUAAAAAUGAAAAUUGGCAAAAAGGAAAAAUAACAGAAAACAUUAGUAAAAACACUCAUAAAAUCAUACUAGACGAGGGUUCUGAAUGGAUAAGACACACUGAUCAGAUAUGGCCACACAACCAAAUAAAUAACUCACUGUCACCUACACCAGCUAGACAAGCAAAUGAAAAUUCUAAAAAUACUGAAACAGUUGGUGAAAAUCAAAAUCCCGAUCCGGCCGAUCCCGUAAUAGUAAAUAAAACACCCAGACCAAUUAGAUCUAGAAAACCGCCUCAGCGAUAUUCUCCAAGUGAUUAUGCUUAG